UAGGGCAAGGGAUGGAAUCUAUGCAUUAAAAGUUGUGGGUCAGGUUUCACAUUUUCUUAAUGCUGUUAAAGGUUAUGCAAAUGUUUCUAAGAUGCUACAACUUUUUUUCCUGGACACUGCGGAUGAUUUAUCUAAUGAGAUGCUUGAAAAGAAGAAAUUUCGUCGUGACAUAAUGUCCCUUCUUAUAGAUGCUCUCUCUGUUAAUCCGUAUGCACAAUUUUUCAGGCGGUUGAGUACCUGGGAAAACCUCUCAGAUGCUUAUAUCGUUCUCCGAUCGGACUCUGUUUUAGACCAAAGAACUUACAAUCUUCCUACAGUUGAUCAAGUUGCUGCUGUAUGGAAAGACGGUGACGGGAAUUGUGCAGGGUUGGAACGUGAUAUACGUGUGUUCACCAAAUCUGGUCAUAGUCGUAUAAUAAGCUACUAUUACGGUUGCUAUGAUACGUUGCAAUACCCUCUUCUGUUUACUCGUGGGGAGCCUGGGUGGCAUGCAGGGAUUGGGAAAUUGGUGCCGUCGCAUAAAUUGACACGGAAAGGGAGUGUUGGUGCUUGUAGCGGCCAAGACAUAGCAGCUGCGUCUGUUGUACAAUCUGCAGAACAAUUAUCGCGGAUUGAAGAUCAGGUGCUCCAACAGAAUAGGCGAAACCGCUCGAAUGUUUCAUGCAGGCAAUAUUAUUGUUACAAAGCGCAAACGAGGGAUGGUGACUGGUCGUAUUUAUUGCAUGCCGGUCGACUAACUCAACAAUAUAUAAUUGAUAUGUACAUUAAAGUAGAGACACAGCGGUUGGAUUACUAUAGAUCGGAGCAAGUUCAGAAAGAAACUCGGACUGAAUCAUUUCAGGGUAUUAUUGAUAGUCUACACGUUCAUGGUGAGAUUGAGCCGUCUGGUGUGGGACAGAAAAUCCUACUCUCGUCUUCUUUUAUUGGUGGUCCAAGAGAUAUGCGGCGCCGAUACGUUAAUGCCAUGAGUCUUGUUCAAAAAUUUGGCAAACCUGAUCUUUUUAUAACAAUGACAUGCAAUCCGGCGUGGAAAGAAAUAACUUCUAUGUUGUUGCCUGGACAAAAACCGGCUGACAGACCAGAUAUUGUUGCUCGUGUUUUUCAGUCAAAACUCCAGGAACUGAAGCAUGAUAUUAUCAAGAACAAAAUUUUCGGUGAUGUUGCAGCCUAUGUGUACGCGGUUGAGUCUCAGAAACGAGGUCUUCCCCACUGUCAUUGGGUAAUUAUUUUGGCAGAUCAUCAUAAGAUAAAAUCUCCGACGGUGUAUGACCACCUCAUUUCGGCUGAGCUCCCAACUGGUUCAAAUCAUUUUUUGCGUGAAUGUGUGGUUAAACAUAUGAUGCAUGGACCUUGUGGCGAUGCAAAUCCUAAGAAUGUGUGCAUGCGCGAUGGUAAAUGUAAAAAUCACUUUCCAAAGGAAUUUUCGGACAACACAACGGCUGGAAAAAAUGGCUAUGCUGCAUACAGACGAAGGGAUGAUGGUCAGAGGGUUCUUGUCAGAAACGUGCUCCUUGAUAAUAGAUUUGUCGUGCCUUACUGUCCGUUUCUACUAUCGAAAUUUGAUUGUCAUAUUUAUGUUGAAAUAUGUGCUGAUGCAAAAUUGGUUAAAUACUUGUAUAAAUAUAUUCACAAGGGGGAUGAUAAAAUUGCAUACAACGUUCCAAAUGCAUCGGUGGAUAUCCGUGACGAAAUACAAGAGUAUCAAGAUGGACGGUGGAUAUGUGCUCCUGAGGCAUGCUGGAGAAUAUACGGUUUCUUGAUGAGCGAGAUGUGUCCCCAGUCAUAGUAAUGCCUGUACAUCUACCAAAUCACCAGCCAUUACGUUUUGGUGUGCAACAGUCGUUAAGGCAUGUUCUUGAUGAUCCCUCAUCGAGUAAGACCAUGCUGACAGAAUUCUUUGUUUCCAACAGUUCUGAUGAAUCAGCAAUGCGUCUUAAGCUUCUGUAUAAAGAAUUUCCAGAGUACUUUGUGUGGGAACCAGCCAAGAAAAAGUGGAAAGUUCGACAUAAACAAGUUGUAGUUGGUCGUCUUUGCACAGUUAAUCCGUUUGAAGGUGAGCGCUAUUUUGAGCGUCUGUUGUUGAUUAAUGUAUGUUGCCCAACUUCUUUUCAAGAUUUGUUAACCGUGAAUGGCCACACAUUUGCGACCUUUCGUGAGGCUGCUGUCUCAAGAGGACUUCUACAAUCUGAUGACUACAUUGAUAGUUGUUUGGCAGAGGCGGCUCUGUUUCAGGCUCCUUCGUGUCUGCGUGUGUUGUUUGCGUUGCUCCUUGUUUACGGCAUAACUACCGAUUUACAAGUAUUGUGGGAUAAAUAUUAUCAUCCAUUGUCUGAAGAUUUUUCUCACAAUGGAAUAUUGACGGACGAUGAGGUGCUUGGAAAAACAGUUGUUGCGAUUAAUGUUGUGCUUAACUC